AUGUCUUCAUAUCAAGUUAUCGUAAAAAAAUGUCGACGAUGUGGAAGAUUAAUACCUCAAGAAAAUGCUCAAAAGAGAUGUUCUGCAUCGAUUCUACUAAAACAACAUGUAUUUGCAUGUGCAGUUUGUAGUGUGGUCUUAGAUUACAAUACGGCAGCAGUAGUUAAAGAUACUCCAUAUUGUGACAAGCACUAUUCGGUCGCUCGAUGGUCUAUUGAAGACGUAGUAGAUUGGUUGGAAAAAGUUGAUCUAGAAACAUUAGAAGAUCGAUUGAGAGAAGCUAAAAUUGAUGGAAAGAAAUUGUUAACCAAAGGCUUCAAUGAAUAUCAGCUUAGACAUCUUCAUCCAUCAUCGGCAGAACGAAAACAGUUUCAGAAACAACGCGCAAGACUAAAAAUUUGUGGAAGUGAUGAAUGGAAUACCCGUAGACCAUUGAAUCCAAUCGAUACACCAUCAACACUGUACUUAGCCAAAUCGACAGAGAAUAUUUUCGACAAUAUUAGUCAUAAUUCACACGAUUCCGAAGCUCGAUUACGUCCAUCUCAAAAAACGAUUUCAACGGUUGAUCUUUCUGUGAUUCAUACGGACAAUGUAAUAGCAUGGACUGUGGACGAUGUGGCUAAAUGGUUAGCGACGGUUAGUCUACACAAAUAUAUUGAUUCUUUUAAAAGUAACGAAAUUGAUGGCGAAACAUUGUUAGAUUUUGAUACGGAAAUGGAAAAUGAAAUGAUUCCUGUAGGCAAAGAUCGCAUAACAUUUCGAAGAGCUCUGAAAAAAUUGCGCGAAGGAUACAAUACUACUGAACCAGUACCAACCCCUCGAAAUGUCAAUGAAAAUCAGCAGGAAACAUAUGCAACAUCACAUUAUACUUGGGAAUUCAGUAGAGCUGCUCACAAUGUUAGAGGUUCUGUAGAAGAUAAUCAACAUCAAGUUUCAACGAAGCUCAUCGACGUCGCCUUAAUGCUUCAACCAGAUAUGAUACUUCAUUCAAUCAGUUUGAAAAACACUCUAUUUGAAACUAAUGUUACCAAUUUUAUUGCUAAAUGGUGUCUUUUCUUUUGUCCAUCUUUAACGCAAACUCAACGAUUAUCAAAUGAAUUAGAUUCCUGCUUUAUAACUAUAAUCGAUGAACCAAUGAAUGCACGUAUUCUAUUAAAUGAUUUAAUUAAACAUCAUACAAUAAAAACUUACAUUGUUGAUAGUUUAAAACGUUAUCAUGCACUCGAUGAUAUUAGAACAGAAUUACCCAAAUGUAAACAAAUCAAAUACGAUGAAACAAUAUAUAAUCAUGAUUUAUAUAAUGAAUUAAUUAGAAUCUUACCAAAUAUUACUAUUCGUAUGCUUCUUAUUUCAACUGUCGAAUCAUUAUCAUACGACAGUCAACGUUAUUUGGGUAAUUUUAUAAAAAGAAAUGAUUUACCAAUUCCAUUUACAUAUUAUUUAUAUAACAAUGAAACUAAUUUAAUCGAGUAUAAAAUCAAUUUUAAUCUAUUAGCCGAAGUACAAUGUUUAUCAACAGAACAUUUGAUAAUACAAGUUGGUAGUCCAACAACUAUUGGUUUAGGUAAAACUAGUUUACUUCCAUAUAUUUUUCGUGAUAUACGUAAAGAGUCAUUAAAUACGUCUGGUUUACAACCCAUACGUUCUGGUUGUAUCGAUACACUCUUUGGCACAGCACAGAUUGAUCAAAAUAAAGAAAAAUCUUGUGUAAUAUUCGAUGUUCAUGGAACAAUAUUAUCAGGCAUAAAUGAUACUAUUAUUUUAGCUCUUCAACAAUACACAUCAUUACAAUUUCUAUAUGUUACUGAAGCAGAUCUUGAAACGAACUUUUUACCUAAUAUGAUCAAUAAUAGUAUAUCUAAACCAACAAUUGUAUGUAUUUUUGAUGAUCAUUAUGAUAAAAAUUUACAUGACGAACAUGUAAAUCUCGUCCGACAAUUUAUAAAUCGUUAUAGAAUGGAAAAUUGGUCUCAUAUUCAAUGGUUAUUAAUUCCUACAAAAAAUACAUGGUUAACACAAUCGGAUAAUCAACAAUAUGAUGAAAAUGAAAGAAUACAAACUUUACAUUCUCAAUUAAGUUAUAUUUUACAAAAAAUUGAUCAAACAAUAAUUCAUCCAACAUUAUUUAGAACAAUAUUUCAAGUACAAUCAUCAUAUUGGUCAUUUCAUAAUGGUAUGAAUACUUUAAAUUGUUUGACAUGUUAUUUUGAAGUUGAAAGAAAAUUAAAACAAUUAUUUAAUGAAUUAUCGGAUACAACCGAUAAUUUACUAAUAGCAACACCAAUCAGUUAUUUACAAUCUAAAAUAAGACAGAGUCAAAUGGAUUUACCUAGAAAAGAUAAAACAAGAUUUGUAACAGAUGAAGUUCAACGAUAUGAAAAUCUUCUAAAAAAAAUCGAUCGAAUAUCAGAUCAUACACAAUUUUUUAUUGAUCUAUUAACAAAACGAACUUAUAUUGAAGUAUUAAUAACAGAAAAAUAUUUAGAACAAUGGAGAUCUAUUUAUGAAUCACGUUUAAGAUCUGAAUUAACAAAUGCAAAACAUAAAAUGAUAGAUUUAACAUCUGAAUUAAAACGAGUUGAAAUGUUAGAAAAACAACAAAAACUUAAUAAAUCAAUUGAAAUACAACAACAAUUACAAAUAGUAAAAGAAAAUUAUGAACAAAGUUAUAAAACAUUAAAUGAAAUUGAAACAAAAUUAAUGAAUAUUGAUAUGACAAUUGGUCUUUUCUUUGAUGAAAUAUUAUCUAUUAGUGAUUAUAAUUCAUAUUUAAAAAAUUCAUUAUCAAUAGAAUUACUAAAUGAAAUAGCUCAACGUAUGACUGAAAUGAUGCAUCGUGGUAUAGCUGUACAUGUUCUACGUGGACGACCAUUACAAUGUGAAAGUAUUUUAUUAAAAAUAAUUUUAAAAAAUUUCAACAAAUGGUCUAAACCACCAUGUAUAAUAACUGUUAUUGGAGAACAAUCUUCAGCAAAAUCAUCUUUAUUAAAUACAACAUUUGGUUGUAAUUUUCAUGUUAGUUCUGGUCGAUGUACAAUGGGUAUAUAUAUGAGUAUAAUUAAAUGGAAAUCCUUACCAAUUGUCUUACUUGAUACAGAAGGUUUGUUGUCUGUUGAAGAAUCAAGUACUCUAUUUGAUAAUCAAAUGGUUUCAAUGGCUAUGUUAUCUUCUCAUAUUGUAUUAAUUAAUCAUAAAGGUGAAUUGAGUACAGAAUUACAAAAUUUAAUUGGUAUGAGUUUCUAUGCAAAAUUACAACUUAAAGAUGCACCAUUAAAACCAAAAUUAUUAUUUAUUCUUCGUGAUCAAAUUGAUUUGUCUAACAAGAAGAUAUUUUUUGCACAAUUAGCACAAUUAAAACAAAAUUUAAGUAAAGAUGCACAAUUUUUAGAAAUUUCAAUUGAAGAUGAACUUAAUAUAUCCAAUGAUGAUGUUGUACCAUUGUCCAAUGCUUUCUCGAAUGAUAUUAAUCCAGUAUUUGGUGGUGAAGUACAAAAAUGGAGAAAUAAAACGUUUCCAGUUCAAAUUCAAGAAUUGCGUAAGAUCAUAUUUAGAUUUCUUUCUACAAAUGCUAACUUAUCUGUAUACGAAGACUUCGAUCGAGUCUAUACGAAAUUAACAAAUUAUUGGACAACUAUUGAUAAAUUAGGACCUGUAUUACUUGCAUCGAAAAAUUUAUUAGAACUUGCUAUGAUGAAUGAAGUACGAGAUAUUGCAAGAGAAAUAAUACAAAAAGCAAAUAAUCAAAUGUAUGAUAAUGGACAAGUGUUAAUAAAACAAACUAUAGCCGAUAUAAAAAAUAAUUCCCAAUUAAUAUCAACAACAAGUGGUUAUUCGAAUGCAAGUGAUGAUUUUAAUAUGAUUUUAAAUCGACAAUUUCAACAAAUUCUUGAACAGGCUUAUAAAGAAUUUGAUUUUAAAACGAAUAAAUCACACUACUUACCACAUAUUAAAGAAAAAAUAAAGAGUAUCAUCGAACCACGAUUGAAAUUUACUUGUCAAUCGACACGACAACAAUUUGAAGAUAAUCUACAUCUUGUAUCACAAGCUGCACUAGUAAAAUAUGCACAACAAAAAUUAAUCGAUCGUGCUCAAGAAGGUUUCGAUCAAAAUAAAUCAAUAGGUAUAGAUGAAUUUCGAAUGAACCUUGAAAAUGAUUAUCAAUGUUUACUAAAAGAAUGUCGACAACAAUUGGACGUUUUACAUGAAAAAGAAGAUGAUAUUACUAAAAAAAUAUUAAAAUUUUAUAAUAAUUUACAUGAUAGAAAGGCGGCUAAUCCAACAGUUGGUGAUAUCUAUAAUCUUUUACCUAGAUUAGAUGUUGAACAAUAUAAACGAUAUUGUCAAAAAUUUGAAAACAGUUGGAAACAAAUAAAUCAAUUUUUAGAUAUACCACGUGAAAAUUUAUUUUCUUCAUCACGGCAAACUGAUUUGAAUGGAAUUUGGAUUGACUUGAAAGACAAGUUAAAAUGGUUUAAUAAUGAAAAAUCUGCAGAAAAAAAUCGUACUAUACUAUCAGGUAUUUUCAAUGUAGUAUUACCUAAAUUAAAAAAAGACAUUGUAAAAUUAAUCAGGGAGAUAAAACUUUCACAUAAUGAUCCAGAAAUAGUCAACGCUGUUAUUUCAUAUGUGGAAAAUUCCUUAAGUAUGAAAGAAAUUAAAGAUUUUGACAAGGAUUUAAAUCUUGCAGAACUUGUUAGUGAUUUUGUUAUUAUAUCAUUAAAAAUAUUAAUUUCUGAAGUAACAUUAAUAUCUGAGGAUAAUUAUCAAAAAGAAUUGACAAAAUCUGAAAAUCAAUUACGUGAAUGGAAAACCAAUAUUGAAAAACAAUUCGAAUCAAUGAAAAAUUCAUUUGAACAAGGACAAUAUGAAGCUGAAGAAAUCGGGAAACAAAUUUUUGCCGAAGUUAAAAGUUUAUUAUUAAAUCAAGUCCUUCGUGAUGUUAAAUCAGAUGUGAUGAAAAACAAAUUUAUCAUACAUGAUCAUAUGCGUAAAAAUGCAUAUCAACAAAGUUUUCAACAAAAUAAUGGUGAAAAUAUAUUAAAAUAUGUUCUUGAUAUUAAUCGAUAUCUACUAGAAUUAAGUUUAGAAGAAGUAUUAGGUACAUUUCGUAAUGUUGUCAGUGUGCAUACGAAUUAUUUAGAUAAUUUACUUUCAACAAUUUUCAUUACAAUCAAUAAUACCAUUCAAAAUUAUGCUUAUGAUGACAUAAAUAGUACAUAUAAUGCAAUAGAAAAUGCUAUAUCAGAAAUAAAUCUUCUUAAGAAAAUGAAGCAUGAAGAAAAUGAUAUGGAGUUUAAACUCGAACCUAAAAUGAAUUUACCAAUAAAAGAUCCAAAACAAUUCCAACUUGGCUUUAAACAUAUAUUGACCGUAUUCGCCGAUCAGAGCAAAUCUGAAAAAGAAGCUAUAUCACAUUUAUUAAGAGUAAGAGCGUUCGACGACUGUAAAUUGACCAUCAAACGUCGUCUUGGCUGUGAACAUACAUGUCCAGGAUGUGGUGUAAAAUGUAACAAGCCAAGUCUUCAUUCAGCAGAACAAGUAAAACUACUACCAGUAAACUGCAAAUGUACAACAGACGAAUGCGAAUGCCCUGAAGUAAUGUACGUUGACUGUAUUAGUCAUGAGAAUGAUUAUCACAUUCCAGCUGCAUUCUAUGGUCAACAGUAUUAUAAAACACAUAAACCAUAUUUACAUUCUUGUUAUCAACAAUGGACAACUGUCGGUAUUUAUACUGGCGACGGUGAGAUAAUUCAUCCAAAACGAUUAUAUUAUAAUAAAAAACAUUUGCAAUGGUAUAAAAAUGUUGAUAAUUUGGCAAAAACCGCUCCCGAUAAAAACGAUCCUCAUUCAACCGAAGAACAGCGACGCGCAUGGAUGACCGUAAGACAUUAUGUAACAGCAAAAUAUAAUAUGAAUGAUUAUACAGAUGAAGAAUAUGAUGAAAUGCUAUAUUCCAAAGAGUUUAAUACUAUACCUACCAAUUUUCACAUAACAUGGAAAGACGAAGAUAUUGACGAUACUCAUAUAUCAGAGGACUUUUUUACUAAUUUUAUUUUUUAA